AUGGUUAUUACAUUGCCCAAAUUAAAGUACGCAUUAAAUGCAUUAUCACCCCAUAUAAGUGAAGAGACCUUAAAUUUCCAUUAUAAUAAACAUCAUGCAGGAUACGUAAAUAAAUUAAAUACCUUAAUUAAGGACACACCAUUUGCUGAAAAAUCUUUAUUAGAUAUAGUAAAAGAAUCAUCAGGAGCUAUUUUUAACAACGCUGCUCAAAUAUGGAACCAUACUUUUUACUGGGAUUCUAUGGGACCUGAUUGUGGUGGUGAACCUCAUGGAGAAAUUAAGGAAAAAAUUCAAGAAGAUUUUGGAUCUUUCAACAAUUUCAAAGAACAAUUUUCCAAUAUAUUAUGUGGUCAUUUUGGUUCCGGUUGGGGAUGGUUAGCUUUAAAUAAUAAUAACAAAUUAGUUAUAUUACAAACACAUGAUGCUGGUAAUCCAAUUAAGGAUAAUACAGGUAUUCCAAUAUUAACAUGUGAUAUAUGGGAACAUGCUUAUUAUAUUGAUUACAGAAAUGACAGAGCAUCAUAUGUUAAGGCUUGGUGGAACCUAGUAAAUUGGAACUUUGCAAAUGAAAACUUAAAAAAAGCUAUGCAAAAGUAA